AUGGAAGAGUCCAGCCAUGUUCGGGAGGCUUUCCACAAAGCCAGCGUCUUCCUAAGCCCCGUGCUCGACAAAGGCAUGGAAAUUCUAAUUGAGCGUUCACGAGGCACAUCUUUGCUUAGGAGCUUGUCUCAGAAGACUGAAGCACCUCAGGGGGACGAUGAAACCUCAAGAACUGCUGUUAUUGGCAAAGCCUUGGAAAUCCUAAAUGACAUCCAUGACGCAUUCGUUACGCCCAUUGAAAGUUCAGAAAAAUACAAAAAUGUCGCUGUUGAAGGUAGAGAUCCGGCUCUUGAAGAUGCGAAGCGUCGCCGGAUGUUGCACGCUUUGUUGGACCUGAUCUCACUCGAGGGAAUCUACCCGUCACUCUCUUCUGGGGUUGGUAUCCCUCUGCAGCAAAGAGUCAUCUCGGUUCUGCCAGCCGGCGUCAUUGCCAAACAGACAGCUGUGCAUACAAGCAUUCUCCAUCGCAAUAUGUCACUUCUUCGCCAUAUUGUUGAGGCCCUACUGAACAUUCUGUUGGAUCCGAGACCAAGCAUUCAGCCUGUCAUUCGGGGUCGCAUCCUGAGCGAUGUAAUCAGUGGAACGGCGGAUCUUGCCUUCAACAAGAAUAUCAAAGGAUAUGACGGACAAAGGAAAUUACAGGCCCAGUUUGUCAACAUCAUCAAUGACACCCCAAGCGCAGUUCUGCUGCCUACAUUGUCUGCCUUCCUUCAGACAGAUACAACACCUUGGUUCAAAUCGACAGUAUCAAGUCAAAUAGCUCAAGUCCCUCUUCGUCCGGGUGGUGUUCUGCAAACGAUCAUGUUCCUCGCCUCGCAAUUUGCCCCUUCUCUCGGACAGGAGGCUCAAAGCGAGCCAUCAAAUGGACCUCACUUCACAGUCCAAGCUAUCAUGCAGAUAUCGAAGCUACUCUCCUCAGUGCCACAACAUGUUGAGCCGUCAGUAUACUUGACCACGAUUGCUCCUCAGCUGUUGACACUUCUGGACGGUGAUGACCCAGAUCUCAAGAGAACUGUUUCCUACACAAUUGGAAAUGGGAUUCUUGGGAAACGGGCUCUUGGGGCUCGUGGAAUGAUUGGACACACAAUCUUCGUGGAGCCUCUAUUCCGCACUUUAACAGCUGACCUCGAUGAAUCUUCGAUGCGAUGGAUGAUGCAAUAUCCUGGCUUUGAAAAAACUAAAUCAUCAACACCGAAAUCAGCAUCUCUAUCAAAAGUCGUUGUCAAUCAUGAGAUGAUCGAUUUAGCCAUUGAGAGGUUAGGAAGCCUGGCUCUCCAACAUCCAAAUCCAGGCCUGGUCAAGCGAAUCGUGACGCCGAUUCUUCUGCCCCUUUGGGGGCUUGCCUGCUUCACAAAGGAGCAGGAUUCGAAAGUGCUACAUGAGAAGGUCAUGGCACUUCUUCAAACCUUCUUCAGUAUUUCGGUUGGAGUGCCCCCUCUCAAGAAGCUUGUUGAUAACUUGCUAUGGGAUGGUGGAUCGGCUUGGACGUACAGUUCCAGCUCCGAUGGACAUAUCAGCCUGGUCAAGCGAAUUCACGAAGGCAACGAACAUUUGAACAUGGUCCGAUUGAUUGACUCCCUCCAAGUACGAACUGAGCUUUUUGCCAGCUUAUUAGCAGCGGAUCCAAGUUGCGAAGAGUCGACUGGCGAAGUCUUCCUCUAUGUCAGUCAGAAAUGGCUUGUGCAGCCAAGCCCAGAAGAUAAACCGCAGCAGCUGGGAGAGUCGGAGACAAUUUUCCAGCGACUUAUUAGUGCCAAAGUCGCCGAAAAGCUGCUGGAUAGCUUCAAGAACACAUUAUCACGCCAUCCCCUUCGCGUACUUGAUCUAAUUAAGCAAGUGAUUGAUGGUGAACUGCAUAACCUUGGUGCCAAAUCCACAAGUCAAAGUCAAGCAUCGGGAAAGCCGUCAUUAUCAUCACUCGCCAAUAUUGUCACUUCAGAGAACACGGCCGAUCAAGAUGAAUCCAACAAAGACACAUCGGAGUCAUUGUCUACCGCAUUCAGCUUGUUAUCCACCGUCUUGGCGUCCCCAGAGUUCUCUAUCUCAGAAAUGAUAAAAUCUCUUUUAGAGUCAAUCAAGGAAAAGCUUGAUCGGUUGAUUCCAUUACUCCCUCCUGCACUCUCCAAGCCAGCAACAACCUCAUCGAUGCUUCUGGAGAUUCAACUCACAUCUCAAGAACAUGAUGAUACCAAACCACCACCGCCUCAUAUCGCCGAUCUCGAAACUCAUCGUCAGGCAUUAUCAAAUCUUAAUUCCAACCUGCCACCCGUCCAAGCAGAAGGAUUCUCUCUACUCACCCAAUUAAUCAUCAACUCAUCCCCUGUUCUCGAUAUCCCUUCAACUCUAACCCUACUCCUAUCAAUCAUCAAUGACAUCUCCGAAUCGACUGCCAACGAGGAAUUCAUCUACCUCAACGCAAUCAAACUCAUCGGCACCCUAGCAUCCCGUCACCCUCGAACAGUUGUCAAAACCUUGGUCGACAGCUACACCGAUAAAUCCGAACAACGAACCCUCGAUCAACGCCUCAAAAUUGGCGAGUCUCUCCUCCGCACAGUACAAGACCUCGGUGAAGCCCUUACUGGCGAAAUUGCGAAAAUACUCGGCGAAGCAAUGGUGACCGUAGCAGGACGCCGAGGCAACAAGCCCCAAGCUCAACGAACUCGCAAAAAACAAGAAGAGAAAGAGCGCCGUCAAGAGGAGCGCGAAGAACGAAAAAGACAAAAAGAAGCCGCCAUGUCCGGAGGAUGGAAGGUCACUACCGGGCCCACAGAUUCCAAAGACGAGGUCACACUUGCAGACUCAGACUCGGAAUCUGAAUCGCCAGAACAGUCGAUCCACGCAGCGAAUAUCGUGGCUGCAUGGGCUGCUGGCGCGGCAUCGGAUGAAGAACCUGAUGACCUGCGUGUUCGCGCUUCGGCCCUCUCGAUCCUUGCAUCUGCAAUCACGACUAACGUCCGUGGCUUGGGACCUGCGGUCAUCUCGUCUGCUGUGGACCUUGCACUGGCGACGCUGACACUGGAGCCUGCAGCUGAAAGUGCGAUUCUGCGUCGUGCAAGUGCGGUUCUGAUACUUGACAUCCUGCGAGCACUUGAUAAGAUUGGGGAGGAGCAGAAGACAGCGAACAUUGGAUUUGGAUUCUCACUUAUUGAUGAUGGGAAGGGUGGGAAUGGGAAUGGUAUGCAGAGUUCGGGAUCUUCCACCAUUGGCAAUAUCCCAUCCAUGCUACGCACGCUUGGAUUCGUCGAGAGCCGCGAGGAAGAUGUAAUUGUGCGUGGGCAUUUGCGAGUUUUGAUUGAGAGCUUGGAGGCUUGGUUGGAGAAGGCUCUGAUGUGGGGGAUUGAGGGACUUGAUGGAGAGCCGAGAAUGGAAUUGGGUGAUCGAAUUGCUGGGUUGGAUAUUGAUCCUCUGGCUGGGCGUGGUCCUUUGAGGCCACGAAUUGAGGAGAUUGAGUAG